GUUGCCUGGUGCUUAAUUUACAAUUAUUUACAAUUUAUUAAGGAUGAGUGCUUGCCGCCGUGGCAAAAUUAACGAAAAUUGUAGCACUCGAUCGGAAGCGUGUUUACGGCGGCCAAAUCGCUUGUUGUACCCACAUUUUCAUUAUUAUUACUGGCCAGUUAUCUAUUCCUCGUAAUCCGCCAUCUUAACCUGACGUUCAGAGUAAAAUGAUACGACGCAGUCCGACGAGACUCGAUUUACGACUAGACGAUCUGGAAGAAUAUGAGGCAAUGAGAAAAGCUCUUGAAGCUAAAAAAGAAUCAGAAAGACCACCAACAACAUUCAGCCCUCCCACGUGGGGUGGUAAAGUGCCGCAAAAUGAAAUUCAAGAACGCAUUGGUUAUAUGCCGCAACAAACUCAACCCACGCAUUCACGGCCAAAUAUAUAGCUUUUUAUGUUUUAUAUAUAUAUAUAUGUAUAUAUAUCGAAUUACACUAUUUUUUAUAUUCACUGUAUUAGGGUUACUGCUAUUAUGUAAUCGAUUAUAAUUUAUGAUCAGAAUAAGACAAAUUCAUUGAAA